GAUAUGUAUGAACAACUGUUAGACUGCGUAAUCACAAGUCACCGGAUUUUAUUAAUUGAUAAACGCCGGAGGAUAAAAACUAAAGAAAGUCAAAGUUUCUACAACCGCGAUGAUGCAAAGACUGAAAUAUUUUCUCGCGAUUUUUCCACUGGCCCUUGGCCUGGGGGAAUCUGGAAAAGGUGUCAUCCAAAAUGCUGUCGAUUUUUGCGCUAUGGAACGCGGAUUUCCAGUGGAUCGAUACCAGAAUUUCAUUAAUGAUUAUAUGAGUGUUGAAUUAAACGAAUGCGUUGUCGCAUGUGUGAUGAAAAAAUUGGGAACGAUGUCAGAGGAUGGUACAUACACGGGUGAGGAAGCUAGAAAUUUAAUAGCUAAACCCGAGACUCCGGGAAAUCAUGAAGAUACAGUGGAUAACGCGAUCACCCGAUGUGCAUCUUUGUAUGGCAAGGGACAAUACGACUGUCUAAUAGCGAGAAAUUUGCAGAUCUGUUUCAAAAUUUUAUUCCGCCAAAUAGUGAAUGACGAUUGGUUGAUUAAUGGUUUAAUUAAUCAAGCUCUUCUUUCCACGUUUGAAGACUACCUAGACAGCUAUCCAAUCGGAAGAGAAUUAGUAAAUAAUACAAAUAUAAUAAUAAAACUUCUGCCCACAAUUUAAUUAUCUGUGAAUAAUUACUGGAUAUCUGGAGAAUAUUUCAAAAUAUUUCCCACGGAAUAAUUUUGGGCCUAGACUUUCGAAUUUCGAAUGUUUCUUUCAUAUCAAUACAAUUUAUUUAAUA